UUCAGAACCAUAUUCAGUUUCAAACAAACCAGUCUUAACAAAUCAUAGAAAUGAUGAGAAAGCUGUCUCCGCCGUGGCAAGUUCUUGAACUGGUGGCCCACCACCUUGAACCAGAAACCCUCGCCACCGCCGCCUGCGUAUGCAAAUCCUGGUCCGCUUCCCUCUCCUCCGACCACCUCUGGCAACCCUUCUGCUCCGCCGCCUACCCCUCUCUCUCCAACCUCCACCCCGCCGUCGCGCCCGCAUCCAUCCCCUACUGCAAGCUCUACUCCCUCGGCCGCGCCGCCGAGAAGCGCCGCCUCCAGAGCCCCCCCAAGCCCGACCUCUCCAUGCACGACCUCGUCUUCGCGGUCGACGUCCAGAACGGCCGCGGCUGCGUCGCCACCGUCGUCUGCCCCGGCGCCGACCUCAGGCCCGACCGCAGCGGCGUCUUCCGGUUUGACAUCGGCGUCGAGAGCGACAACCUGGUGGCGUUUGAGGAGCUGGAUAGUUUGAGGAUUACGUGGAAUGUUGUGCUUCGAGGAUUGAAGGGUGUGUUUACUAUGAUGGAUUGUAGGGGGAAAGGGAGCUUUGUUUUGGGGUUGGAGGGAUGGUUCUCCAAGGAGCUCCCGCCGCCCGGGUGCUGCUCGAGUGGAGCUGCGAGCGGGCUCGUCUCAGAUUUGAGGCUCGGCCUGAGGGAGGGCGGCGGCGGUAAGGUGGUGGUGGAGAAGAUAAGUGUGGGAGUGUUGAGUAUUGUGAGUUGGAGAUAUGUUUGUAUUGAUGAUGCUCUUAGGUAUUUGCAGCAUUUUCUUCUAUCAUUUUGAGAUAUUAAUGUAUAACAAAAUAUGAUGUAGAAGUACAUGAGAAUUAA